UGUUGUAGCAACACCAACUGACUUCAGGACAUUUCUUCAGUGUCUAUAAGGUUGACGUAGAGACAUGUUCUCAAGAGUGAGGAGACUACUUGGGAGAGCACGUGAACAGCCUGGAGAGACCAGAGUGAAGGAGAAGGAAGAACGCACUAGGUCUCAUUGGAAAACAUGGAGAAAUAAAUGGUCCUGCGGGAGAAGCACAGGGACUACUGGAGAGGCAUCAUCCCAACUCUCCACCUUCACUGAACAGGAUCAGCAGAUGAAGAAUCUGGAGAAACUCACCACUCAGUUACAUCAUAUGACAUGUGCGAGAAAUGAACUACGUGGAAUCCUGGCCAAUUAUGGCACCAAGGAUUUGAACAACAGGAUGAAUUAUGAGCUUGAGAUGCUCACUAUGGAGCAUAACCAGGUGAUGUCUGACAUUCAGAAAUUGCCCAUGGAGAUCAGUGAUGCCUUGGACAAAUGCAACAGGCUGACCGAGGAGACUGAAUCCUUCAGUUACUGCCAUGGCCAGGUCCUAAGAGAAUGGAUUCAGCUGAAGAAAAACGUACAUGCGUCAAGACUGAAGAACAGAUUGCUGCGGAAGGAGCUGAUAGAACUGCAAGAGUCCUGUGAGGAGGUGAAGAGGCUCUUUAAGGAGAUCCAUGGGAAGAUCUGUGACCCCUGUGCUGAGCAGCAUCAGGAGGAAGUCAACAUGGAUGAAAGACUGAAGAGCCUGCUGAAGCAGAAGGAGCUGCUCACCCAGCAGAGGGACUUGACAGAAAAGCUGCAGGAUCACUUCAACAUCUCUGAGAUGAGCUCAGACAAAUCUCCAAUCCAAGCUGGAACAUGUCACAGCCCAGGAGGACAGCCUCCUGCAGACAGAGCUGCUGCAGCAGGAGCACUAAGUGUCACAGAAUCUCCUGACAGAACUGAGAAGCCAAAGAACACACCAACAACUUAGACUUGUGGCAUUGUCCAUCAAGGCUUCCUCCUCAGAAAAUACCCUGCAAAUCCCCCAGAACACACGGCUAUUCUAGCUUUGCAAAGGCUUUUUACAAUUAGCGACUGCAAUCCUACCAUGUGUCCAAGGCUAGCCACAGCUAUAAUUCUGUGCUAUAAAAUAGGCAGAAAGAUUAAGUUAGUUUUUUAAUUAAGCAAUCUGUUCAGCUUAAUUUUUUGUUUGUUUUUUAUUGGGUUUUGUUUACUUUAGGAUUUUUCAUUUUCUUUGUUAUGUUUUGAGGCUUUGAUUUCAUUUGCUCUUUCUUUUGUUCUUGUUUUGCUAUUUUGCUAAGGCUAUUUACUGUUUACAUUGUUCUACCUUUAAUCCUCUAUUCAAUAAAAUGUCCAUUUUUAUUAAUAAAAAGAGACU